AGGAGGACAAGGAAAUGGAAACUAAUACUAAUAUCUGCUAAACUUUGGUAUACACACGCAGAAUUAUGAUCAGGACAAACCAUGCAGUAAGCACGCCAUCCGAUCUUUGACAUUUUCUGGUAUCAAACUUCAUUAGACUGGCCCGUCUUUGUCAAGAUGCAAACCGCCGUCGACUGCGUAUGCGUGGAAGAGUUUGUUCAGGAACUUGUGGGCGCAGAGAUGGAUUUGGAUGAUAAAGGUGGACUGGACACUCCUCGCUCAGUGCUCCAAGACAAUCCCUCAGUGCUGUACACAGACCAGUGUUGCAACUUGGAGGAGUCGAGUGAUGCUGACCGUGGCUUCGAGGCGUUAUGCGCCGGCCUGUCUUCCCAGAGCUCGGCACCGCAGCUCAUGCCCAGCAAGCGGAACCACACAUGCUGGGAGUGCGGCGAGCGCUUCAAGACGCUGCACGACCUGAUGGUGCACUUCGACCAGCACCAGACCACUGGGCGCUGCCACCUGUGCAAGGUGGCGUUCCGGCGCGGGGCUUCUCUGGCCAUGCACCUGGAGAACACCCACCGAGACGUGGCCCUCGGGUGCCCUGCCACACACUGCAGGGCCCAGCUCCGCAACAGGUGGCUGCUGAACCAGCACAUAGAGAGGUGCCACACGCGCAAGAGUGGAAGGACAGCCGUGGUGGCCGUGGUGAAGGAGGUGGUCGUGGUGGCGGAGGAGGAACCGCCGCCAAGAGGGCAACAAAGUCGGUUCUCAGAGAAGCAUCCCCAAGAGCCUGUGGUGAGUGACCAUUCAUACCACAGCACCAUAAGCAUGGGCCUCACGGACCAUACCUAUAACAGCACGAGAAUGGCAUCUGGCCGCGUCGCCACGCGCGAUCAAGGAGCACAAGAGCACGCGAACAUGGCGUUGAAAAUGGAACAGGGCAGCAAAGGCUUCCUAGAGGAGGGAGCACCCAUUCAGUGGGAUGAGGUUGAGGAGUUUGCUGAGGAGGAGGUUGGCUCAGGAGAUGCAUCUACUGGCAGCAGAAAGGAGUAUGAAAACUGUGAUGUUAAACAUCAUAAUGAUGAUCAGGAUUAUAGUGACCGUGAUAGUGACAGUAGUAGUGUUAGUGACAGUGAUAGUGACUCCUUGCCCCCUGGCGAUUCAAUAUAUGAUCCCAAGGAGUGUGUCAUUUCCAACUCUGAUUCGGAUUCAGACUCUGAUUCGAAAUCGGAUUCAUUCUCCUCAGACUCCAAUCGCUCGUACGCCAAGGGUGGCAUGCACUUGUCUUCUAGCGGACGGAAAAAGACACUGAGCACACCGAUUCUGGCCACUGUGGUGAAACCAUUGACAUCCAACCCCACUGCUCAAGUCUCACAGAAAUGUCCUCACUGUUGGCAGGGCCCUUACCUCGAUCUGAAGACCCACAUUGUCAAGUGCUGUAGCAAAGGUCCAGACAAUUGCAUUAAAUGCUGGAGAGUUUACGGUCGAUUCAUGGAUUAUAUUUGUGUGGCCUGCAAGAAAACGUUCUCAGGCUCGGACGCUUGUAAGUCGCAUGUCUGCCCUAUGAAGUUUGCAGGCAGGCCUACGGUGCCAGACCCCGUUGCCAAGCAGCCUGUGGACUCAGCCCCAGUCUUCUCCCAGCUUCCCCAGCUUUACCAGAUUAUCUCUCUGCUGCCCCCUGGGAUCAUUUACACGCAAGCACAGUCUAUUGGCACUUCUCAGCCUUCUGUUUCGCCUUCGACCAGUAGCGCUGUACUACCCGGCAGUGUGGCCGUGAAGGCAGUCCGCCCGCAAAACACUAACGCGACCACUCCUACGUCACAGACGGCCACUGGUAGUAGCCCUGCGACAUCUGCACCCGCACUGGCCACAGUGGUGACCAUCAGGGAUAGGUCAGCCAGCGUCCAGGCGCCCAAUCAGUCUCCCAUGCUCCUUCAGCCACCUGGACGUGCCGCACCCUCCUACGCCCCCCUGGCCAACACCCUAACCGGUUUAGUGCACGUCUAUGCCCAGAACUCUCCAAAGACCCAGGUGAUUGUUCGUGGUGAGACCCCACCUGACACCCCUGCGUCGUCAAUCCUUUGUGGCCAGACCCCGUCAGGCGCCCCUGCACCCGUGCUUGUCCACAGUCAGGUACCUGGCAGCUUUCCUGUCACCACGAUUGCUCAUAGCCAAGCUGUGUCUGGAAAACCAGUUACGAUUGUUUGUAAUCGGGACCAACUUCAGAUGCCCUCCGCAAUGGUUUUCCGCAACCAAACCCCCACUAGCGUGCCUAGUUUUAUAGCAGCUCCCAGCCAGGGCCAGCAAAGGGUACCCACAGCUGUGGUUGUUCGCAGUCAGGUGCCCCCUGGUGUUCCAGCACCCUCAGCAAUUCAAAACCAGGCUUCGGCAGGUACGGCUGCCUCUUCAGCUGCCCGAGGCCCUCCUGGCGUGUCUGCCGCCACAGAGGGAAGGACACAGCCCUCUCUCCCCACACUGUUUCGCAUACCCACCACAGGCUCCAACACCUUUUUCUUCCCUAUGCCCAAUCAGCCCUUGGGUGCUGCAGGGCCCACUGUUGGACAUUUAAUGCCCGUCACAGCUUCCAGUGGUGCUGCAGGCGUCGUCUCGGCGGGGCUGCCGGUUCUGUCAAUGAGAUUUCCUGCCCCGACUGGUGUGUCUCUCUCCUUCCCAAGCGCCGCCCAGUCCUCCAGAGACUCUGGCCAUCCUGUCUCAAGUCAGGUCUCCACUGCUGUCCCCUCCUCAGCGGUCUCCAUCUCCAGCAGUGUGUGCACCACGGCCUCCACCUCUCGUGUGGUGCCCUCCCAGGCGUACGUGUCCAACGCCCUUUGCACCCAAGUGUCUUCCUCUCUCCCCUCCUCAUCUCGGGUCUCAUCCACUGCAGCAGGCACUGCCUCCAUACCCAAGCAGGCCCCUAAUGUUGCUUCCAUCACCCAGAAUCCCAGGCUUCCAGCUGUCUCCGCCCUCUCAGCAGCCGCGCCCACCAAGAGUCCCCCUCUGGUCGUCCUGUCCGACUCGGGUCCACUGCGGAUCUUGUUCAUGUUCCUGAACCAGAGCCGGGAGCUGGCUCUGGCGCAACGCAUGAGGACCCGGUGGCACUACAAGGAGAUCUUCACGUGCCGCCAGUGCGGCGCCGUCUCGCGGCAGCCCUCGCUGGUUGUGCUGCACCGCUACCGCCACCGGGGGGCGCCGCGUCCCCACCGCUGCUGCGGCUGCGGCCGGCGCUUCCAGGCACGCCUGCACCUGCUCCGCCACCAGGUGCUUCACGCCGAGGCCACGCGCUACAUCUGCGCGGCGUGCGGGGACUCCUUCGAGGGCGCCCAGCAGCUGGUGCGUCACAAGGCCAACUGCCGCUAUAGGACCAACGCCCAGUGCUGGAGGCCCUUCGUCUGCAGCUGUGGACGGAGGUUUGUCAGGCCGUCAGCCCUCCUGUGGCACAAACUGAACAAUUCCAGGCACAAACCGAGGACUAGAAAUCAAACAACAUUGUCACGACAGAAUCAAGAUGUCCAAAAUACACUGCCAGCAACUUGACAUGCUGUUUCUUUAAGACUGUGAGAACUGUAGGUUUGGGAUAUAAAUGUCUGUUUUUUUGUUUUGUUUUUGUUUUUUUAACCAUUCAUGUUUAUGUUUGUAUGUUGUCCCACCCAUAAAGCACUUCUUAAAGAUAAGUGUUAACUGUAAGUCUUUAAGUCAUUCUGCUGUUGAGUAGAGGGUUUUAAUUCACAGCACACUUGAAUUUAAAAUGAGCCUUUAUUUCUGUACAGAAAAACAGCCUAUUGUGAGAAGUGUGAAAAACCAAAAUGUCCAAAAAUGCUUCUUGUCUCUGCAUAUGAAGUGAGAUCUGUUAAAAGAUUUCAGGGGAUAGUACA